UUUUUUGGGGGGAUGUUCUUCUUAAAAUAUUUUUUUCUACUAAAAUUUUUUUCUUUACAGGUCUUUUUUAAUGUUACGGCCUCACAACGAUGAUUACAAACAAAUUAGGGUCCUAGGAAAAGGAGCUUAUGGUGAAGUAUGGCUUGUGAGCAACAAAGAAAAUCCAGACGAACAGAUACCCGUAAAAAUAAGUGAAGAAGGAAUUCCCCAAAGCGUCAUCAGAGAGGUAAAAAAGUUAAAAAAAUAA